UGCUUGAAGAGUCCUUCAAAGCGAAAGUCGGUGUAUGCCUGUAUGUUCGGGCGGAUGUUUGUUGUCGCAGUCUCAGUUGCUUGGAAGAUCCCUCCCUCUCCAUGCUGGGGGUACUCGUCGACUCUGGUCCCUGGCCAGAGUCUACGUGUGCCUCUCUACAGAUCCCACGCCAGCGAUGUUGAGACAACUCGACUCUUUGAACACCUUUGUCGAGCAGCAGAUGACGCACAGGAACAAUUUCCCAAUGCAGAAUUGGUGGUUUUGGGGGACUUUAACGCAAACCACAAUUUGUGGUUAAAUUCCUCCAAAACAAACCGUGCAGGGAUACCUGCUCACGUUUUGGCUCUCACGCAUGACUUGAAGCAACUGGUUGAUCAGCCCACAUACUGGAUCUUCCGCUCACGACCCAUUCAGAGGGCAUCAGGUUGUGCACCACAUCUCUAGUGCAUCUAUUUUCUUUUUCUCAAUUUCUCUAUUAUAAUAUCUGCUAUUAUUAUCUGCCAAAGCAAGGCCAAACCCCUGCAUCCAGCGGUGGUCAAACGCCGUAUCGGGCACUAUGGGUCGGCAGAUUGGGACGGUAUGCGUGACUACUUUGCGUCCGUCCCUUGAAAGCAGCGCUGCUUCAGUGACAGGGACCUAUCGGCCAGCGCCAUUGCUAUUAUUGAGGAGAUAGUUACUGGCGUUUGGCCAAGGCCAUGCAGAAGAACUUCUGCCAGCCCUCGCUGCAAUAAGCCACAGAAGAAAGCCAAUUUACUGGCACUGGUUUAUUUAUAAAUCAUCAUUCAAAUCUACAGAGCGCAUCCCAAACACGCGAUAUGUCAGAACAAUACUACGUCCCAUUAGCGACAUGUCAUCGGUGAAUGAUGGUAGCACAACAUCAAAAUGGACGACCAGACAUCACAGGCAGAGCAUAGACCACAAGAACACAGUUAGAGGGCCGAAGAAACGCAGAAACUGCGUGAGCAAAGAGUUCGUUACAAAAUGGCGGGUGGCACCAAAAUGGCGGGAGGCAAGAUGGCGGAUCUCAAGAGUGCUGAUACCAUUGAUGAUUCUCAAUGUUACGAGACAAGCGGAUGCUGUGGAAUCAUUCACCAGUCGAGUGCUGGCUAACAUAUUGGGGUAUCCAGCCACGUGUUCCUACAACGGUGACGUCAGGCCGUGCACCUUGACCCUGGAGUGUUGGUUGAAGGGAGGCAUCCGGGCCAGAGGUUGUGGAGGCUGGUUGUUCUCAUGCUGCGUCCCUAAGGAGCCAGAAAGGAGUGAUAGUUUCGAAAAUAGUAUCCCGUCUUCGGAAUGGAAGUACUCCAAGGUGGUGCCUCCAAAGUUACGGCAGAUACCGCAACGCAGCGUCGUACCAACCAACAUGUUUCGACGGAGGGUGGACGAUGACACCACUCAAGUAGAUUGCGGCCUGCCGUCGACCAGAAUACUUCAGAAGAGAAUAAUCGGUGGCAGGGAAGCGAGGUUCGCAGAGUUUCCCUGGCAAGCGCACGUCAGAAUUUCAGAAUUCCAAUGUGGAGGAGUAUUGGUAUCCCGUUGGUACGUAGCGACGGCGGCGCACUGCGUGUCGCGCGCUCGCCCCCGCGACAUAUCCGUGUGGCUGGGGGCGCUUGAUACCACCGCUGGGGCAGACACCGCCAGGAAACUAGGAGUGGUGCAGAAGAUCCUGCAUCCCCUAUUCCAGUUCCGUAUGACUCAGCCUGAUCGUUACGACAUAGCUUUGUUGAAGCUCUCCCGACCUAUCACCUACACGAGCCACAUACUGCCAAUAUGUUUGCCUGAUUACGACAUGGAGCUUAGAGGGAAGUCGGGUGUGAUCGCCGGCUGGGGCAAGACUGAGGCUAGCAACGGCCAUACGGGGACCAAUCUACUGAGAUCUGCCACAGUACCGAUAUUGAGUAGAGAACAGUGUAUCAAAUGGCAUCAGAGCAAGCAAAUCUCAGUGGAAAUACACUCGGAAAUGAUAUGCGCCGGACACUCGGAUGGACACCAAGACGCGUGUUUAGGUGAUUCUGGCGGACCUCUCAUAGUUUUAGAUAACGGUCGGUACUACUUGGUCGGCAUCACCUCUGCCGGCUUUGGGUGUGGUGUGGAUCACCAGCCCGGCAUAUACCAUAACGUACAGGUCACCGCUUCCUGGAUACGAACUGUCAUCGCACCUGUCAUUAACUAUAAUGGGUUUUAGACCUUUGUACCACAAAGCAGCCCCUCUAAAGAACGCAUACAAGGGCAUCCGUUUGUGUCAAGCCUAGGAUUACAUGAAUAUAGGUAACAGCUCAUUAAACUCACCCAGCACCCGACCUUUUUUUUGUGUUAGUUUGCCGUUGGUCGCAGAUGACCUUUACAGCGUCAUCGGGCCAAACCCGAUCCCAAGGGGACCUCAAGCCCAGAAUUGGCGAGUGCCUCUAGAGGUAUUCCAGGCGGACGGCAUCUCCCCACCGGGGGAGUCUCCUCUCCGUCUGGAGCCCCUAGACCGCUCGAACCUGAGGGCCCGGCUCAACUAGAGGGCGUCUCUGAGACCGGGACCUCGGCUCUAAUAAGCCGUUGUCUUGGGGGGCGGGGCAAAACGCCCAGGUACGUACCUGUACCUGGUAUAGCUUGUCGUGUGUAGACCGGGUCUUCGCACUGUUAUCCUACAGGUACGGUUUCUGCCUAAUCCUAAGCUAGUAGCUGUGUUGUGUUGGUGUUUGUGGCCUGUGUCGGAGGAAUCGGAGGCGCGUUGGCGCGGGUGAUUUCGUCGUCGGGAUACAGCACCCAACCAGCGCCGCCUAACCUCGUGCGGUUGGUAUUCUUUGUAUGGAUUCCUAUGGGUACUUAUACGCUCACUUCAUGAACUCCGUACCGUCACCGGAUCGCCUCACUCGCACGCUUGCCGUGUGCUGGCCACUGGCUCUAAAGGUGCGGCUCCUGAGUGGACCACGCGUGGCCUACGAGUUGACAACGAAUAACAUUUUCUUCUUCAUCAACCACGACAGCUAUUAGAGCCGUUCCAUAGUUUGUAAAGUUAAUCUAGCGACUAUCUCUUAAUUCGUGCGAUAAACCACUUAAUUUUCUGUCAAUGCUGAGUCAAUUCUAUUGUAUUUAUUAUGAACAACUACAGCCUUUUUAGAAUAAACCAUUACACAGGUUUAUAUGGCAUAAUUGAAUCCGGCGAAAAUGUUGUUCCUUAUUGGAUAAUAUUGCCUACACCAAUAUUAGAUGUAUGAAAAUAACACACCUACGCGGUGGCGCGGCGUUCAUCCGUCAGCCACCUGACAUUCUCUGAUUGACGGCUUCCACCCGUGGCCCAACCGAAGUUACAGGUCGCGGCACGUAACUCUAGAGCUGAACAAAACGCAAAGGGGAUAGCUGCGCAUGGGUACGACUGGAAAGCCAAUCGGCGCAAGGCACGUACACCUCCUUUCUUCCCAAGACAUUUUAAUUUUUACUUUUGCGCACUAAUGGUAAGCGCUAGAGUUUCGUGCCGCGACUUAUAGCUGAUUGACAACGCAGCGUCCACCGGAGGUCGGUCGUCGACCACGAGUAGACGUCGCGCGACGAGGUGGUGUCAGGUGGCAGAGUCAAAGCUUUAUAAAACAAGCGCUAGUGCUUACUCACACUCUCGCCGCACACGGGCCACAUGCCACAGCCACAAACGCCGCCACGAGAAGCUAGAAGCGGCUACUAACGUGGCUGAAGCGCGCGACAGCGACCGACUAAGGCAAGGAAGAGAGGGGUGGGGAAUCGCGCGAGUGACUUGUGGCGGCGUUUUGUAUCGGCGCAUUAAGUGGCCGGUGCGGGCCACAAGAAGCGAGCAACGACGAUUUGUAGCGUGUGGCGGCCACCGGCGUACCGUGUGUGGCGAGUCCAUAUAACAUGUAUGAAAGCUACAAGAAAUAUGCCGGUGGCGGCGUUUUGUGGUUGUGGUCAGUGGGCCGUGUGUGGCGACACAUACACGUGCCCUGCAUGAAGCUUUGCCCCUGAACCUUAGCUACUCGUGUGGUAUAUGUCACUGUUUUCGUAUUAAGAACUUCCACAGACCCCAUGAUUCACUGUUCAUGAGGAACAACAAAUUUAAGACCUAUCACAUGAUUCACCGCCCGCCGUACUCUUCUUUGAGUUUUAUUGAAGUAUUGCUGUCUCUUUCUUUGCUAGACAAUAUAGUAAGACAACACAAAACGUGAUUUUAAAUGACAAAAAUUAUUUGACGUCUGGGGUCGUCCUCAUUGGCAAUGAUCGUAUGAUAACAAAAUUCGAUGAUUUUAACACAUAUGCAUAAAUUCCUCCAGAAGUGCCCAAUUACAGCACGUAAGCCGUCGCACGAGUACAAACAUUUUUUAAUAGCGAUCGUGCGAUGGGUUUUAUCAUAUAAUCUUGUAAUAAAAUAUACCGAUUUCUUUUGAGUGUCCUAAUUAGUCAUGCAUAGGGUCACCAUCCUUUUUUUUAGACCGGACAUGUCCAGAAUUUGUCUGGACCUCUAAAUUGUCCGGAUUUUUUAAAUUACAUUGAAUAUGAAUAAUAAAGUCCAUAUUGAUUUCAAAACCAUACCAUUGUAACUAAGUGAGUAAUGGUACCAUUUUGUGUCUAAAAAGUCCGGACUUUUUUAGAAAUAUCAGGAUUUUUGUCAGGCAUUUGAAAUUCCUAAAUGGUAAACCUAGUCAUGCGUCAUUGCGCCAACUCAGCAACCCAUUGGGCACGGGACGACCGAGGCGAGGGGCAAAAAUGCUAAAUGGAUGAAGAACGUUUGGUCCGCAGAUUUGGUGACACAUCGCCAAAUUGGUCUAUAUUGGGUCCGGCGCGGUUAGUAGUACGGCGGGCUAUUUCCGCAACUCGACACUCAGUACCUAAUUUGCGUGGGGAUUGGCAUCAGUCCUGCCAUCCCAGCUCCUCCAGAAAGCUCAGCAGUCCCCGGAUGUUGCUGCAGGCCUUUUCUAGUGUCCUCGGGCUUCCCAUUAGAGAAGUCCUUUGUCUUGCAACGCCUAUGCACACCAGUAAAACAUGGGCGCUCGUCUCUCGCUCAUGGGCGGUCUGGCAUUAUAACGAAAAUUUUUAAUCGAUAUCGCAUCGUACGGUCGACAAUUAGGACGACACGCCUCCUCUGGUUACGGCCGUUACUUUUAUAAUGAUAAACUAUCGUCAUGAUUAUGUCAUUGUUGCAAAAAAAACUUGAUCCUUUUUUCCUUGUACUUUUAGGAUCAAGUCUUUUUCCAUAAUCUCAAAGAACAAGAUCCAACAACUUUUCCAUGCAAACGAUAAUAGAAUACAUAGAAAUAAGUCUGAGCUUUGUCUGUAUAAACUUUAAAUUAUAUUAUAUUAUACCUUUCUAAGUUUUAGUUACACUCCUAUGUUUCCUUUGCCAUUCCCUCGCGUUCAAACUUUGAAACUUGUCUGAUCUUUGAUCUCCUAUGUAAAAAAAAUAAUGUAACGAUUUUUUUUGUAAUUUAUGUUUUAUUAUAAUUUAUUCUUAUCAUUUUGUUAACGUGCAAUUUUUGUGAAAAAUAUAAAUUAAGUAAAAUGGAA